AUGGCAGAGCAAACUGAAAUGGAGAUCAAUGAGGUUGCGUUUCUAAACUUGCUUUAUGCGUGUAGCCAUUCUGGUUUAAGAGACAAAGGGCUUGAGUUGUUUGACAUGAUGGUGGAAAAAUACGGGUUCAAGCCCGGUUUGAAACACUACACUUGUGUGGUGGACUUGCUUGGUCGAGCAGGCAGUUUGGAUCAAGCCGAGGCAAAAAUAAGGUCUAUGCCAAUCAAACCAGACACCAUUAUAUGGAAAACACUGUUAUCUGCGUGUAACUUACACAAAAACACAGAAAUGGCACAGAGAGUCUUUAAAGAAAUUCUUCAGAUUGACCCUAAUGACUCCGCUUGUUACGUCCUGCUUGCAAAUGUUCACGCCUCAGCUAAGAGAUGGCGUGAUGUCUCAGAGGUGAGAAAAUUAAUGAGAGAUAAGAAUGUGAAGAAAGAAGCUGGAAUCAGCUGGUUUGAACACAAAGGUGAAGUGCAUCAGUUUAAGAUGGGAGAUCGCUCUCAAUCUAAAUCCAAAGAGAUCUAUUCAUACCUGAAAGAACUGACUCUGGAGAUGAAGCUGAAGGGAUACAAGCCGGAUACAGAGUCAGUGUUGCAUGAUAUGGAUGAGGAGGAGAAAGAAUCAGACUUGGUACAGCACAGCGAGAAACUAGCGGUUGCAUUUGCGCUCAUGAUAUUACCUGAAGGUGCACCGAUUAGAAUAAUCAAGAACUUGCGGGCUUAA